GUGGCGGGCGGUCGCCAUGGCAACCCCGGGCCCGCCGCGGCCAUGGCGGAGCCGCCGGACGCCUCGGUUCCUUCGUUGCCGGCGGCUACAGAAGCUCCGAAACCCCGGCCCAAGAAAGCACCGGAGCUGCCGAUCCUGGAGAGGAAAAACUGGCUGAUUUACCUGCUCUACGUCCGCAGGGACUACGAGGAGUGCAAGGCUGUCAUCAAGGAGCAGCUCCAGGAGUCCCAAGGGCUCUGUGAAUACGCUGUCUACGUCCAAGCUUUGAUAUUUCGCUUGGAGGGGAAGAUUCAAGAAUCUCUUGAACUUUUCCAGACAUGUUCCAUUCUGAACCCACGGAGCGCUGACAACCUCAAGCAGGUGGCACGAUCCCUGUUUCUCCUGGGGAAGCACAAGGCAGCCAUUGAAGUGUACAAUGAAGCAGCAAAACUGGAUGAGAAGGACUGGGAGAUAAGCCACAACCUGGGUGUGUGCUACAUGUACCUGAAACACUUCAACAAGGCACGAGACCAGCUCAACAAUGCCCUGGAGCUCAACAGACACGACCUGACUUACAUGAUGCUGGGGAAAAUCCACCUCUUGGAGGGGGAGGUGGAUAAAGCCAUUGAAGUCUAUAAGAAAGCCGUAGAGUUUUCUCCAGAAAACACAGACCUCCUCACAGCCCUGGGCUUAUUGUACCUGCAGACUGGAGAUUACCAGAAGGCUUUUGAACACCUUGGAAAUGCACUUACCUAUGACCCAGGCAACUACAAGGCCACCCUGGCUGCUGGCAGCAUGAUGCAGGCCCACGGGGACUUCGACGUUGCCCUCUCCAAGUACAAGGUGGUGGCCGGUGCCGUUCCCGAGAGCCCCCCGCUCUGGAACAACAUCGGGAUGUGCUUCUUCGGGAAGAAGAAAUACGUGGCAGCUGUUAGCUGCCUGAAGAGGGCAAACUACCUGGCUCCCUUUGACUGGAAGAUCCUGUACAACCUGGGGCUGGUGCACCUCACCAUGCAGCAAUAUGCCUCAGCCUUCCACUUCCUGAGUGCUGCCAUCAGCUUCCAGCCCAAGAUGGGAGAGCUCUACAUGCUCCUGGCAGUUGCUCUGACCAACCUGGAAGACAUUGAGAAUGCCAAGUGUUCCUAUGAACAAGCUGUGGCCCUGGACAAGUGCAACCCCCUGAUCAACCUGAACUACGCUGUGCUGCUCUACAACCAGGGUGACAAGGAGGGGGCCCUGAGCCAGUACCAGGAGAUGGAGAGGAGGGUCAGUGCAGCCAAGGAGAGCAGCGCUCCCGACUUCGACCCCGAGAUGGUGGAGGUGGCCCAGAAGAUGGGAGCUGCCCUGCAGGUCGGGGAGAGCCUGGUCUGGACUAAGCCUUCUAAAGAGUCCAAAUCCAAGCAGAGAGCUGCUGUGUCAGGGAAGUCCUCCAGCUCUCAGCAGCCUCUGGGCUCCAACCAGGCCCUGGGUCAGGCCAUGUCCUCUGCUGCAGGGUAUGGGAAAACCAUGCAGCUUCCCUCAGGUGCUGGAACACCAGCUCUGCCAGCAAAGCGUCCCUCCCUGCCUCUGGAACCAGAACAGGACUCGGAAACGAGCCCCGAGGAGAGCUCAGCACCCACAGGGGACGUGGAGCAGGGGAAGGAGGAGCCCAGGAGCCAGCAGGCAGUGGAGUAGGACGGGCUCUGGGCACCUCCAGAGCUGCCUGAGACUUGGGAGAGGGACCUGCUCCUCCCUGCCCCGCUGAGCUUCACCCCACUGUCAGUUAGUCUGGAUGCAGCUGUUUUGUCAGUGAUUUUUAGCACGUGGGCUCUGUCCCAAGUCAUUGCAGUGAUCAGAAGAGGCUGAUGUGUAGCUUCUCUUAGUGUGGUCACUGCAAGAGGCUGGAGGAUGGGGAUCCAGCUCUCCACAGGUCGGGUGUGAGCCCUCUAGAACGAUCCCGAGGCAUCCAGUACGUUUAGCAAAACCAGCAGUAGUGACUUGCAAUCAGUGGCUGAACUGGUGAGCAGCUGAUUUUCCACAAAGAACCAGCAAACUGAACCUUCAGGGCUCUUUGUUUGCUGCUUGAGCUCCCCAGCUGUUUGAAAAUGUAUUUCCUGCUUUUAGUUCUGCUCUGUUGGAUUGUAUCCCUCCAUAAUGAACAGUCCAGGAGAGGAAGGUUAGUAAUGGAAACUUCUCUGAGGCAACAGUGUAAAAGCAGCACCAGCAGGGCUCUGGGUCCAUCCCCAUCCUUCAGCUGUGCUUUGUGUUUGCUGCUGUGACCCAGAACGACAUUAAUGCAUCUUUAGAGCCCAGCCAGGAACUGAAGUGCUCUCCUGCUCCCUGGAGAACACCAGAGUAAGAAAAGAACCCUCACUCUCCCCUCUGUUUUGAUGGCCCAGACUGCUGAUGUUAAAUGUGGCUGUUUCUCCCCCCAGCUGUUCUCUCUGCUGGGUUUUUCUGUCAGUACAGCUCCAGGGCAGCAUUCCUGUAAGGAUUCCCUCCUGUAAGGGUUCCAUCCUGCCAGGAGUUGAAGAAAACAGGAUUUUUUGUGGAGUGCUGGCAAAUUGAAACAAACCAGACCAGGAGCAGGUAAAUCAGGUACAGUGCAGACAUUUUUAUUCACAUUAAACUUCUGACACUGGGAGUUCCUGCAGUGUAACAGAGUGCCUGGGAGGAAGGGGUGAGGAUUGCAGAGCAGGGGUGGGCAGGGGCUGAGAAUUCUUUACCUCAGCCCCAAAACUUGAGUUCAAGACAGAUUUUUGUCCUAGGAUGCCUUGAUAGGGUAAAUGUCACACAGGGAGCACAUACAGCAUUUGAAGGUACCUGUGAAGGGAUUUAUUUUAAAUAUGUAUUUUGGUGAAGAGGUUACACAGAUAAUGAACCAAUUCUCCUUCUGUGAAAAAGCAGUAGCACCUUCUUACUUCCUGGGAAGCAUUUUUAAAUAUGUAAUUCCAGUUGGAUAAUAAACAGAACUGCAAUUCCUCA